AUGCCCGAUAACACCGGCGACAAGCGAAGCAGCGCCGAUAUCGACGGGGCUUCCAGGAAGAAGAUGAAGAGGGAUGACAAAGAGAACCCGUAUCUGGCGCACAUGUACGAGAACGGGGACGACGGCGACGACUACGAAAAUGGCGCCGACGAGAUGCCUGCGCACUCGCCUCUCGCAGGCAUGAAGCGUCGCGCCACAACGGCGAAGCAGGCCGCCAAGGCCGAGGACCUAGACUCGAAUCCCUUCACCGGGCGCCCGCAUUCGCAAAAGUAUUUCCAGAUCCUGCAAGGUCGCCGAGACCUGCCCGUCCACAAGCAAAGGCAAGAAUUUCUCGACAAGUACCACGAGACCCAGAUCCUCGUCUUCGUUGGUGAGACGGGUUCCGGCAAAACUACUCAGAUUCCGCAAUACGUCGUCUACGAUGAGCUUCCCCAGCUCAACCGCAAGCUGAUUGCUUGUACGCAACCGCGCCGAGUCGCCGCCACCUCAGUUGCCCAGCGUGUCGCCGACGAGAUGGACGUGGUCCUGGGCGAGGAAGUCGGUUACAAUGUCCGCUUCGACGACAUGUCGGGCCCCAAGACGUUGCUCAAGUACAUGACGGACGGUAUGCUACUGCGCGAGGCCAUGCACGAUCACGACAUGUCGCGCUACAGCUGCAUCAUUCUCGAUGAAGCGCACGAAAGGACGCUCGCCACCGAUAUCCUCAUGGCGCUGCUCAAACAAAUCGCGGCGCGGCGCCCCGACCUCAAGAUCAUUGUCAUGUCGGCCACGCUGGACGCGCAAAAGUUUCAGCGCUACUUCAACGACGCGCCGCUGCUCGCUGUUCCCGGUCGCACGCAUCCCGUCGAGAUUUUCUACACGCCCGAGCCCGAAAAGGAUUACGUCGAAGCGGCCAUUCGCACCGUGCUGCAGAUCCACGCCUCGGAACCCGAGGGCGACAUUCUACUGUUCCUCACGGGUGAGGACGAAAUCGAAGAUUCGUGUCGCAAGAUUGCCCUCGAGGCCGAGGAAUUGAUACGAGAAGUCGACGCCGGCCCGCUCGCCGUCUACCCGCUCUACGGUACCCUCCCGCCACACCAGCAGCAAAAGAUCUUCGACAAGCCGCCACCGCCGCUGCGCAAGGGCGGUCGCCCCGGCCGCAAGGUCAUCAUCUCGACCAACAUUGCCGAAACCUCGUUGACGAUUGACGGCAUCGUCUACGUGGUGGACCCUGGCUUCAGCAAGCAAAAGAUUUACAACCCACGCAUCCGUGUCGAGUCACUACUCGUGUCGCCCAUCUCCAAGGCAUCUGCCCAGCAGCGCGCUGGUCGUGCUGGUCGUACCAAACCCGGUAAAUGCUUCCGGCUGUACACGGAAAAGGCGUUCAAGAAGGAGCUCAUCGAGCAGACGUACCCCGAGAUUCUACGCUCCAACCUAGCCAACACGGUGCUGGAGCUCAAGAAGCUGGGCGUGGAGGACCUGGUGCACUUUGACCUAAUGGAUCCUCCGGCACCGGAGACGAUGAUGCGCGCCCUCGAAGAGCUCAACUACCUGGCAUGCCUGGACGACGACGGGGAGCUGACGACGCUAGGCUCUCUGGCGUCGGAAUUUCCGCUAGACCCGGCGCUCGCCGUGAUGCUCAUCUCGUCGCCCGAAUUCUAUUGCUCCAACGAGAUUCUCAGCCUGACGUCGCUGCUGUCGGUGCCGCAGGUGUUUGUGCGCCCGGCCAACAACCGCAAGCGCGCCGACGAGAUGAAGUCGCACUUUAGCCAUCCCGACGGCGACCACUUGACCAUGCUCAACGUGUACCACGCCUUCAAGGGCCAGAUGGCGUCGGACCCGAACUCGGUGAAGCAGUGGUGCCACGAACACUUUCUCUCGCACCGACACCUCAGCAGCGCCGACAGCGUGCGCGCCCAGCUCAAGCGCAUCAUGGAGGUGCAGGGCCUGGAGCUCGUCUCCACGCCGUUUGAGGACAAGAACUACUACACCAACAUUCGCCGGUCCCUGCUGUCGGGCUUCUUCAUGCAAGUCGGCAUGAAGGAAAGCUCAGGUAAGGUGUACAGGACCGUCAAGGAUGACCAGGCCGUACUGAUUCACCCGUCGACGGUGCUGCGGACCGAGUUUGAUUGGGUUGUGUACCACGAGUUUGUCCUGACGUCGAAGCAAUAUAUCCGCACCUGCACGGGUAUCCGCCCGGAGUGGUUAUUGGACAUUGCCCCGGCGUACUAUGACCCCGAGAACAUGGAUCAACCCGACAUCAAGCGGGCUCUGCUCAGAGCCGCGGAGAAGAAGCGCAGAAAGGCGGCGAUGAAGGCCGACAAGUGA